GGCACAACUGUAUUAGUAUCACUGACAUCUGUGUUAUAUGAUGACAAAGAAUUUCCCAACCCAGAGGUGUUUGACCCUGGCCACUUUUUAGAUGAAAGUGGCAACUUUAAGAAAAGUAACUACUUUAUGCCUUUCUCAACAGGAAAGCGAAUUUGUCUGGGGGAGAACCUGGCCCGCAUGAUGCUAUUUUUAAUCCUGACAACCAUAUUACAAAACUUUAACCUGAAAUCAGUGGUUGACCCAAAAGACCUUGACACCACACCAGUUGUCAAUGGGUUGGUGUCUGUGCCACCCAAGUAUCAGCUCCAUUUCAUUCCUGUCUGA